AUGGUUUUUAGCUUUGAUUUCGUUUUCCACCAGCAGAAAUUUAACCUCAAUGCCAGAUCAGGACCCUUGACGGAUAAGUCAGAAAGGCGAGACGAGAACGACAGCCCCGACCUGCUGUCUCAGCUAUCCACGAGGAUCGAUCGCAACGAUAUCACGAGUCACCGAGACGCGCCCCGGUUCAUUCCCAAUCAGAUGGCCGUCGAGGCUCACGAAUGCUCCCUUCGACUUCCCUUUCGACCUACCACACACCUAAAUACCGAAUCGAUUCCAUUCACACACCGCUUCUCCCAAUUCCUGCAACUGAGACUUUCCCCUUGA